AUGGCUUCUUCAUCAUCGAAUGUCUCUGCUGGAAAUGACACUGAGUAUUACGAAGUCCCUUCUUUUUCCUUGUUUGAAAUUCCUGUCUUGGUGCCCGUGACGAUAAUUUGCAUCCUCUUGUUUUUCUUGGGCAUUGCUGGGAAUGUGACCAUUAUACUAAUCUUUACAAGGUACAAGGAGAUGAGAACAACGGUGAACAUGUAUCUGUCUAGCAUGGCCUUGUCCGAUAGUCUGAUCUUUGUCGGCUUGCCGUUCGAUUUGUACCGGAUUUGGAGAUACAGGCCGUACAUCUUUGGCAAUUUUCUGUGCAAGUUUAUCAUUUACCUCAGCGAAACCUGCACUUACUGCACAAUCCUCCACAUCACUACCUUGAGCAUAGAGAGAUAUUUUGCCAUCUGCUUCCCUCUGAAAGCCAAAGCCACCAUCACCAAACGCAGGGUCAAGGGCUUCAUCCUCCUCAUCUGGCUCUGUUCGUCAGUGACCGCCAUUCCAAUCUGGUUCCUCUUUGGUGUUGAGCACCGCAACGGAAGCCUCCCGGAGGAGACAAAUGAAUGCAAAUGCAUCGAGCAAGUGGCCCAUUCGGGACUUCUUGAAACCAUGACCUGGCUUUCCACGCUCUAUUUUUUCCUCCCGGUGUUUUGUUUGGUGCUCCUCUAUGGACUGAUCUGCAGAAAGCUUUGGAGAACUGCCCACGGCCUGGAGGGGCACCAGGCUGCCACCAGAGAGAAGUACCACCAACAAACCAUCAAAAUGUUAGCCGUGGUUGUGGUAGCCUUUGUGCUCUGCUGGCUGCCGCUGCACGUUGGGCGGAUCCUCUUCGCCCAAGGCCGCCUCGUCCCCUACGAGCUGACUCAGUACUUCAACCUCAUCUCGAUGCUGCUCUUUUACCUGGGCGCCUCGGUCAAUCCCAUCCUGUAUAACGUCAUGUCGGAACGAUACCGGAAGGCCUUGUGCAGGUUUUUGAAAUGCAGCCGGGGGUGGCCAUCCCGACACUUCAACAGGAGCGAAAAGACUUCCAGGGAAGGAGUGGAAACGAGUUCGUUCACUGCAACACAUUUUUAA